GGGAGAGGUCGCGUGGAGUUGGCUGGUCAAGCUGGGAGCGGUGUCACGACCUACGGACAGGACGGAGUCAUGCUGUCAAGUAUGAUAUACCUCCUACGCGUUUUUAUCUUGACAAGAUGGAAAAGGACCCAUUUCUCUUCUUUGCGACCCACUGGAAAAACAGGUGGCCACGUGGAGGAAUCUGAGGGUCAAAGUCACAUGUUGUGAUAUGGUAACGAUAAUCCCAUCCAUAAUCCAAUUUCUGCCUGGACACCGAUCACAGGGCUGGGAGCUCUCUGAUUGGUCAGAAGGAUGUUUCCAGAAAAGGAUACACAUUCUAUAGAUCUAGACUGACAGCUAAUGGCUGAUUGACACACUGUGGAAAGAGUUCAUUACGCGCCAUCUCCUCCCACAGGUCUGACCUAAAUGAACGGCCCCGAGUCAUGUAGGGAUUUGCGCUAUCUAUUACAGAUCAAAAAUUAUUCAUUCCGGAACUCAGAAACACCGGGCGAUGUCAGCAUACUUUCUCUCGUGGUCUCAUCACGAAGUAUUAGAACUUGCCGUGAGGACCCGCCCUGUUGGACCAGUCUGGGGGUGUUUCUGCUUUCUUGGCAAAUUUCGACUCGUUCUUGAUCCCAGCCUGGAGUGGAAAAUCCGUAAUCAGUCGACCUUUGACGAGUCGUUUUGUUGUUUCAGGUCAGCUUGACAUCUUACCGAGUGGAGUGACCGUCGUCUCCGGGCGCCAGUAAGGAUGUGGCCGAGACCGAGACCGUGGUUAGCUGCGCUGCUCUACCUGUGGGUCCAUCUGGCAUGCUGCAACGAGCACAAAACCGACGCGAACAGACCAGCAGAAGAACACAUUCCGCGUGAGCUCAGGGCUUGGACAUGGGCGAAUGCCCCCCUACCGGACCUUGUCACAGAGGAUGUUUCAGAGGUUGUGGAAACGGACUUUUCAGGGGAGGUAGAGGAGGAACAUAACACGUCAUGUGGACCAGACUGCGAGAAGGCCCUCCCCACACCCUCUCUCAGCGACUUCAACGACUACCUGUCGUAUGAGACACUGUUUGAGAACGGGACCAGUGUGUUCACCAGGGUGAGCUGGAGUGAAGUACCCGAAGCGGAGAAAGAGAUCCGGAGAGAGGUGGCAGAGAUGGUCGUGAAAACGAAGAGAAGGAAACGGCAAAUAUUCGGUGUGGACACGAGGUUUAACAUCCUUGGUGAGCAGUUCCUGACGAACUUCCCAUUCAGCGCGGUGGUGAAGCUGUCUACGGGAUGCACAGGUGUCCUCAUCUCGGACAAACACGUGCUGACGGCCGCGCACUGCAUACACAACGGGAAAAGAUACGUAAAGGGACGAAAGUCCAUGAAGAUCGGCUUCAUCGUGUCGCAGCCCUAUAACGAGACUAUGCGCGUGCACCGCGACUCCGAGUGGAGAUGGAUCAAGGCCAAGAAGACGCAGAUUCCCGCCGCCUGGAAGAAGAUCCGCAACAGGGAAAAGGCCGUCAUCCCCGACUCUCCGAAGACAAAGAAACGAAAGACCAAAAGCCGCAGCCGUCGUGAGGUGGACGAAGAAGAUAAUCCGGAAAUUGAGGCCGUCAAGUACGACUAUGCGGUAGUAGAGCUGAAGGAAUCCACCGAUCGGCCUUUCAUGGACAUCGGCGUCAGCUCUGCAGUUAACACGGCGCCCGGUAGGCGGAUCCACUUUACGGGAUUCGACAACGACCAGGAGGACAGGCUGCUUUACAGGUACUGCAGUGUCCUGGAGAACACAGCCGACGUCCUGUACCAACAUUGUGACGCUCAGCCCGGCACUUCCGGUGCAGGCAUCUACAUCCGGAACUGGGACAACUCAACUGAGAAAUGGGAACGGAAGAUCAUCGGUGUAUUUUCAGGUCAUCAGUGGGUUAACCAAGACGGUGCACCACGUGACUACAAUGUGGGUACGCGCAUUACGCCUCUGAAGUUCGCGCAGAUCUGCUUCUGGACCAAAGGCGACUACAACCUCUGCCGGGAGGGGUACUAGCGUGUCACAUGAUCCGGCACUCCAGCGAAACACCUCAAAAACACAAAUCCUGGAUACUACUAGUAUGUUUUUAGUGGAGUCAGCUGCUGAAAAUAAACAUUUUCUGGUGCUUUAGUCAGAUGAUAACACGCUGUGGUCUACACGGAGGAUCAAGCGUUCAUGGUUUCCUCACGCGCUGACGGACCUUGGUAUAGUACAUGUGCUACACCGACUGAUAUCGAUAGGCAGUGUGGACAUCGCCUAGCGCAGAAUCAGAUCCACAUCGGGACUUUUCCCAUGCUUCUAUUCAGACUCUCUUAGUACAAACGUUGAAAGGCGUGUUUCUUUUCGCUUAAGUUUGUUUAUUGAUAAAAUCUAGGGCCCUCAAAACUACAUCUUUCAACAACAGUUAGGACUUUUGUUGGCCAACAUCAUGAGACGUCACAGUGUAGGCGGAUGUACAGUACUUACUACAUCAUAUGUACACCUAUCGGAAAUUGUUCAUCCACUAGCUGUAGCAAUGAGAAUGUGCUACAAGGACGGGGGUUUUCUCAGCAUCAGUCGACGCGACGCUCGGUUCUUGAAGUGGUUGCCACCACAUCUGUCACCCUCGUAUCGUGUUGUCUGGGACCAGGCGGAUGCACCGGCACGGCGGUGAGACGCAACUAAGCAAGGGCAAGCAAGAAGCUUGGGUUUCUUUAAUCAAGCUACGUCUAAAGUGAUGAAGUAAACAAUAUAACGUUACUUUGUACCGCAUUCACGUCAAAAGACCUGCGUCUUAAGUACAAAUGUACAUGAUUUUUUCUUUCUCAAUUCUGUACACCGUUCGUUAACCUCCUUGAUAAGACGUAUAUUUUGUGAUGUGGCAAACCGUGGCAUCCUCGCUUCUAUGCAUGUAUAUCGGGCGAGGUGGGUUUCACAUAUUUAAGCGACAAAUCUUAUACAUGUAUAAUGUUAUCGAAAUUCGAUAGACGGUGAUAUUAUAGUGGUGGCUUAAAAUGUUUUGGUUUGUCUUUGUCUUAUUUUGCUAACGUUUUGAGCUGAAUAGAUGUGUACAUCGGAGUCCGUCUUUUAGACUUCUGUAAAUAACGUUAUGACCUUAGUUGAUUAGGUAGAAAUGUUACAAUCGUGACGUCGUGUGUUGUGAUAUUGGUGUAAAAGGAAACAUAAUGUGUUAAUCCAGUGGACUGUAAUAACAAUGACUGUGAGUCCAUUUAAAAUAUAUUUAAAUCUGUGUCAUGUUUUCUUGUGAUUAUUGGCAAGUUCUUACGCAUAGGAGUGCCUGCAGGAUACAUGUAAUGUAGUUCCUACGCACACAGUGUCCCAAACACUAAGCUUUGCUGUUGGCUUUUCCAUGGUAACUUAAAUUUAAAUUCGGUCAACAGUGGAAGGAAAAUCUAAGUAAUAAGUGUUUAUUUUCGCUCACUUUUUUGUUACAAUGACAAUUUGGUUUCGUUGUCGAUAACAAUACUAUAAUUUUAGAGCCAGAAGUGAUGACGGUGUACUGAAGAUGGAAACAGGAGACACAGAUGAUAUUCUCAGACAAAACCAUCUCUAUGUGAGGCGUUAUUCUUCUGUUGUAAAUAAAGAAAACCAUGUCAGUCAUUCGCUCGGUUGGAUGCAAUGUUUUUCUUAUUUGUUUCUGUCCUUUUUAGAAUAAAGAUAACUCUAAAACGUC